AUGGAUGGGAUGCCAAGGUUACUCACUGGUGACGAGUUCUACAAUCAAGUCUCUGAGCAUCAAAGAGCAGCAGAGGAGGAAGCAGCAGCAAAGGAAGUUCAUCAGAUCGAAAGGGAGGGGAGAGCAGCUGCCAUGGCAGUAUGGAAAGAAGCAGAGGCAGCGCGGCUGAAGAGAAACGAGGAACGUCGAGCCACAUACAAAGAAGAAGUGAGGCUGAGGGAGGAGGAGAGAGAUUGUGCCAAGCUCGAGAAGUGUCGACCAAGGUGGACAAAACCAAAACAGGGCAAAUUAGAGUUGCCAAUACCUAAACCGACUCUUGAUGAUGUUGAAGACAACGACAUUGACGGCAACGAUUCUGAUGGUGGGAGCUCAGAGGUUUGA